CCCACAUUCCUCUGCUCUCAUCGCACUAAACCCGCUACUCGAGAAAGAGAGAGAGAGAGAGAGAGACCUUGGCCUCGUAAACAUGUCUCCGGAGAAGAAGAGCCGAAGUUUCCCUCCGAUAACGGAGUGCGGCGGAGUAGAGUACGGUUCCAUCGCCGCCGAUCUCGACGGGACUCUGCUUCUCUCGAGAAGCUCCUUCCCUUACUUCAUGCUCGUCGCCAUUGAAGCCGGUAGCCUCCUCCGGGGCUUUAUCCUUCUUCUCUCUCUCCCGAUCGUCAUCAUUUCUUACCUAUUCGUCUCUGAAUCCCUCGGGAUUCAGAUCCUCAUCUUCAUUUCCUUCUCCGGCGUCAAAAUCCGAGACAUCGAACUCGUCUCUCGCGCCGUUCUUCCAAGAUUUUACGCGGCGGACGUGAGGAAGGACAGUUUCGAGGUGUUCGAUAGGUGUAAGAGGAAGGUGGUGGUGACGGCGAAUCCGACAGUGAUGGUGGAGCCGUUCGUGAAGGAUUUUUUGGGAGGAGACAAGGUUUUGGGAACAGAGAUUGAGGUGAACCCCAAGACGAAGAAGGCCACCGGGUUCGUGAAGAAACCCGGGGUCCUCGUCGGAGAUUUGAAGAGACUAGCCAUCUUGAAGGAGUUUGGCGACGAGUCUCCAGACAUCGGAAUCGGUGACCGGACCUCCGAUCACGAUUUCAUGUCCAUUUGCAAGGAAGGAUACAUGGUGCACUCGACCAAGUCAGCGUCAAGAAUUCCACAAGACCGCAUCAAGAACCGAAUAAUAUUCCACGACGGUCGACUUGUUCAACGUCCGACCCCUCUCAACGCCCUCAUCACCUACCUAUGGCUCCCAUUCGGAUUCCCGCUCUCCAUCUUCCGAGUCUACUUCAACCUCCCUUUACCCGAACGCUUUGUCCGCUACACUUACGAAAUCCUCGGGAUCCACCUCACCAUACGCGGCCACCGUCCUCCUCCUCCGUCCCCUGGCUCCCCCGGCAACCUCUACAUCGUCAACCACCGCACCGCUCUCGACCCCAUCAUCAUCGCCAUUGCCCUCGGCCGCAAAGUCUCUUGCGUUUCCUACAGCGUCUCCCGCCUCUCCCGCUUUCUCUCCCCCAUCCCCACCGUUGCCUUGACCCGCGACCGAGCCGUUGACGCCGCCCGUAUCAAGGAACUCCUCGAGAAAGGUGAUCUCGUGAUAUGCCCAGAAGGCACGACGUGCAGAGAACCAUAUCUACUGAGAUUCAGCGCUUUGUUCGCUGAGCUAAGCGACAGGAUAGUGCCGGUGGCGGUGAACUGCAAACAGAACAUGUUCAACGGGACAACGGUGAGAGGGGUUAAGUUCUGGGACCCAUACUUCUUCUUCAUGAACCCGAGGCCGAGCUACGAGGCCACCUUCUUGGACCGGUUGCCGGAGGAAAUGACAGUGAAGGGUGGAGGAAAGACGUCCAUUGAGGUGGCCAAUCACGUGCAGAAGCUAAUCGGCAGCGUCUUGGGGUUCGAAUGCACCAAUCUCACUCGCAAGGAUAAGUACAUGUUGCUCGGUGGUAACGACGGCAAAGUCGAGUCUAUGUACAACUCCAAGAAGUGAUGGAGAGAACAGGGUGGUUUUUUUUUUUUUUACUAUCUGGUUGCAUAUUUUUGCCCCCCAAUUCUCAACUUUAAUUACAAACUGUUUCGGUCGUUAGACAUAAAAAAAAGGAGAUUAUGUGAUUUGAACAAGUUUAAUUUUUUUAUGCAUUAUUGGAUCAGCAGGGUUAUUAUCAAAUAUAUAAUUAUGUGUA